GCUGCCUCCAUUUCCCGUCGGCCCCUGCGGUGUCGGCAGCGCCAAGAUGGCGGCGGGGAGUGGCGGCCCGGCGGCGCGGGAGCUGUUCGCGGAGGGGCUGCUGCAGUUCCUGCGGCCGGCGGUGCGGCAGCUCGACGGACACGUCCACGCCGUCAGGGAGAGCCAGGUGGAGCUGCGGGAGCACAUCGACAGCCUGGCCACAGAGCUGUGCCGCAUCAACGAGGACCAGAAAGUGGCACUGGACCUCGAUCCCUACGUGAAGAAGCUGCUGAACGCCCGGCGCAGAGUGGUGCUGGUCAAUAACAUCCUGCAGAACGCCCAGGAACGGCUGCGGAGGCUGAACCACAGCGUGGCGAAGGAGGCGGUACGAAGGAAGGCCAUGCUGGAGGCGUCGGGCAGCUACCCCCAGGGCCUGCCCGGGAAGUGAGGCCCCCAUCGUGGCACCGGGCCGGAUCCACCUCACACCACGGCUGCGCCGACAGCCCCGGGAGCUGGGCUGGAGCAGGAGUGGCCCCGGAAGGACAGCGACUGGAAUGGGCAGCUGGUGAGGGGAGCAGGUAUCCCUGUUUGCAGCAGCGUGCUCCUGAGCUUCCGCAGCGCGGGAAGGGGGAAAAAAGUCCUGCAGAGUGAGGCUGCAGCUCUUCAGCUGCAGCUGAAGGAACCGGGGGACCCUGAAUUGUAUUUCUAGAUUUGUAGGCACUGUAAUAAAAGUGACCGUGCGUUGCUUA